AUGUCUUUUCAUAAAUCUAUCUAUCUAUUUUUUGUCUGUCAGUAUCGUUUUAUAAGGCUGUUUCUAUCUAUCUAUCUAUCUAUCUAUCUAUCUAUCUAUCUAUCCCAGUCUGUUCUUAAGUGUGUUUCUAUCAGAGAAAAUACACUACAUCAUAUAUUAGAUAGGGAAGAAAAAUAUAUCUAUCUAUCUAUCUAUCUAUCUGUCUGUCUGUCUAUCUAUCUAUCUAUCUAUCUAUCUCAUUCUGUUCAAUAUCUAUCUCAUUCUGUUCCACAUCUAUCUAUCUAUCUAUCUAUCUAUCUAUCUAUCUAUCUAUCUAUCUCAUUCUAUUCAAUAUUUAUCUAUCUAUCUAUCUCAUCCUGUUCAAUAUCUAUCUAUCUAUCUAUCUAUCUAUCUAUCUAUCUAUCUAUCUAUAAAAUUCUGUUUAAUAUCUAUCUGUCUAUAUAUCAAAUUCCGUUUAAUAUCUAUCUAUCUAUCUAUCUAUCUAUCUAUCUAUCUAUCAAAUUCUGCUUAAUAUCUAUCAAAUUUGUCUAUCUAUGGUGCUUAUCUAUCUAUCUAUCUAUCUAUCUAUCUAUCUAUCAAUCUAUCUAUCUAUCUAUCUAA